GUUCGGGCUCGGGGCUGUGAUGGAGAAGGCGCUGCAGUAAGUCUCGCUGUUCCAUGGUGAGUCCUUUGCAGCACCAUCAACCCCGGAGCUGCUCCUAAUUCAUUGAAUGCCGCCAUGACUCCAUAAGGCGUCCUCCUCCCUCUUUGCGAUCCGGGUUUUGGGGGAUCCGGGUCUCAACGCAGACAGAUUUGAGAAGCAGCCAUGUGGAAGUGGUACUCUGCAGAUGAGUCGCCAACAGGGGCAGCAAGUUCCCAAAAGAGCAUUGGCAAUCACUCUGUGGCAGACUUAACUGAGCAGCUGGCUCAGAAUGAGCAACUGGUAUUGCAGCUGAAGGAGCUAGUUCGGGAGAAAGAUAACCAACUUCAUGUGAAAGAUCAGCUGCUUAAGGAAGACAAAGAAGCUUUUGAAGCAAAAAUUUCCAAAAUGAAGCUGCAGACAAAGGCAAAGGUCACAUCACUUUCUGCCCAGCUGGAAGAUAUGAAGAAGCAACUAGGUGCUUCUGGUGUUAAAGAGCAGACAACUGGGAAACACAAGCAAUCCAGUGAUGGUGAUCAGGAACAUGCAGCUGCCAGUAGGGGUAAAAUUUUAAUGUUGAGGAAAAAGGUUGAAGAUUUGGAAACACAAAUUGCCAAAAAAGAUACAGAAUUGAAGAAGACGCUUACAGAGCUGGACGCACAGCUGCGACGUGGUUCCGAUAUGGACAUGAUGCUUGCUGAGAAGGACAAAAAACUGGCUGAAAAAGAGGCCUAUAUCAUUGAGCUCCAGUUAGCUGCUGUUUCGGAUCAUACACCUCAACAAGUAACACUGUCUAGUGAAGGAAUUGAAGUAGUGCAGCAUCAGUUUGAAGGGAAGGAGACUCCCAGCAGUGAUUUACAGUCAAUGGUUCACAGUCUGACCAAAAAAGUUGAGGAGAGUGAAGAAAGCUUCAGCCUCCUCCAAGAGCAGGCAGAGAAUUUGAAGGAACAGCUCAACAAAGAGAAAAUCCAGUAUCAGGAGAAGGAAGCAAUGUACAUGAAAAAUAUUCGUGUGUUUCAAGAAAUAAUUCAAGCAAAGGAAAACAAACUUGCUGAGCAAGCACAGAAGCAUGAGCAAGAACUCUUCAUUCUGGCCUCAAAAUUAGAUGCUAGUGCCGAUUUUGAACAGUUGUUGAAAGCCCUCAAACAAAAACUUCAUGAAAAGGAGGAAGUACUAAUGGGAAGGACACAAGUUGUGGAUGUGCUGCAGAAAGAACUUGAUGGGAGAGACCAUAAGAUACAGGAGAUUAUUGAAAAAUUGAAACUUGUGCAGUUAGAAAAAGACAAUCUUGAGGCUAAGCUUGAUGCUGAAAAGCAUGUGAUGAGAGCCCAAGUGAGAGAUUUGAUGGAAAGACAUGAGAUGGAUUUGAAAACAAUGAGAGAGAAACACAGCAUGCAAUUGCAAGCUAUCGAGGAGAAACAUGAAGAUGAACAAGCUGAGAAAGAUCAACAUCAGUUAAAACUUUUGAAGCAACUGCAAGAUUUACAAGCCCAUGAUAACGCUUCUGUAAUGUUAGAGACAACUGCUACUAUCGAUAAACAGAAGAUUAAGGAAUUGGAAGAAAAGCUAAAACUUAAAAUGGAAGAAGUUGCUAAAUCAGAGGCCAAAUUCCUGAAAUUGAAAGCUUGGUCCAAAUCCAGAAUCAGGCAGGCUGAAGAAGAUGUGAAAAAUGCAAUUACUGAAACUUCUCACCAGGAGCAAAUUAUCCUCAAAAGCCGAGUUGCUGAACUGGAAGAGGAGAAAGGAAAUCUUGAACAAAAAGUGGAUGAUCUUGAAAAGAUAAGAGUGCAAAAUGAGGAGCUUCUGGCUAAAUUAGAACUGUAUGAAGAACAGCAACAGAAAAUGCAAGCAGAUCUCGAACAGAUGACCAAAAGGGCAACUUCCCAGACAAGUGAAUCCGGUAGUGCUGAAGAACUGCAGAAUCGGCUGUUUGAGUGGCAAGAAAUGGUUUCUGAAUCAGCAAGGAGACAGCCCAAAGAGGAGAGGGCUGUCAUGGAAUUACAGAUGACGCAAAUUGAGGAAGAAAGAGAAGUGAAAAAUGUGUGGUGUCAUCAGUCUCCAAUGUCAUCUUAAAACACAGACAAAUACACCAAAUCAUAGAAUAUAAAGGCA